UAAAAUGGAAAAGAAGCGGCUGUCAGCGGAGAUCGGGAAUGAAAAGAGCGUUUGUGGGAGCGUGCGAUAAGAGUAAGUUCGUAGGGAUCAAUAUGAUGAGAAGAAAGAGUGUGGUUGUCAGCGUCGGACCUUUGGGAAGAUGCCUCUUCUUGAAUGGGAAAGCCUUUGUCGUCGAUCAGCGCUGUUUUCUCGCUCGGAUUCGGAUUGUGAGCUCGCUGGCAGAACUUGCAGGGGCUUGUCUGCAUUGUUGGUGUGCGGGGCUUUGCUGGGGAUGGAGCAGCGUUGGGAAUCGUCUUCGGAGGUUUAGGGAGCAAUGCAGCCAUCUAAUAAAUAGAUAAUGAGAACAAAAGGGGAAGACGAUGCAAAGCAGAACGGGUAGGUGAAGUUUUUGGUGUAGGGUUUAACAGGAUGGUGAUUUUGGAUGGAGUUCUGGAGCAGAGGAUCACACACGGUGUUCCUAUCCUUACAGGAAGCAUUUCAUGUAUAUAAGCAACACUGCUGAGUCAAUAGAGAGACGUGCCAAGGUCCAGCUGUGCUGCGGGCAGCUCCGGAGCCUCAACACAUUGUAGCCUGGAAGGUCUUUAAAAGCUGAAAGGUGGAUUAAAUGAGUAGCUUCCAAAAGAACGUGCCUAGAAUAACACUGUAGCAAUACAUACAUGCCAUUAUUAGCCAAACUAUUGUCACUUUGAAAACUUAUUUCAGCCUGAAAUUCCCAGCUCGGUGCUGCUCAGAGCACAGCAGUGCCAGGGUGCUCCGAAAGCACUGCUGUCAUCAGCCAUGCCAGCGAGCAGUGAUUUACUGAAGGGAGGAGGUCUGUAUUAAUUAACAUAACUGUAAGUGAUAACCUCAGCAAUAAUAGCUUUUAAGAAUCAAUACUGGAAUUAAACCUGGAAUUAAAAUAGAUUAAUGUUUCUUUAAAGGCCGGCUAGCAGGGCAAGAGACAGCUGGGGCCAUCUGCGCUCAAUGGUGAGUGGGAAUGGAGCCUCCUGACCCUGCUUUCCUGCUACUUUCUACAUUACAUGGCAGGUUUUGCCUCCAAAUAUUAAAUGCACCAGAACCAAGAUUCAUGUGGGAAGGAUUCGGAUUGUUUGCACUGCCAGAUAGAGACAACAGCUGCUUUCUGAGCAGCUGAAUGGGAGCCUGGUCAGAGAGCAUCACCCUGAGUUGAGAAGCAGAGAUAUGCAAUGUGUGCAGGAGCUGAUCUGGUCAGGGGAGGGGGGGCUGUUUAGAGCCAGCCUUGCUGGGGCUGGGCAGCACAAGGCAGAGAUGUGAGGCCUCCUGACCUGUGUGCCUGGUUGAGGAUGCUGUGCCCGGAUAUCCCAGCACAGCUGUAUGCUGAGCUCACACAGCCCUUUGCCAGACAGGGCACAGAGCAGCAUGGGCCCAGGCAUGUAAACCCAGCCUUGGUGUCAAGCUCUGGGAAUGCCCCCCAGGCUUCUCACAACAGCUCCUGAAGAUAAACGUGGCCCAUUUCAGUCAAUGAGAAGGCUCAUAUUCCUACUGCAUGUUUUCCAUUGUAAGGCGAUAGUUUCUGGCAUGUGUGGUGUCCCUUUGAUUGGAAUUCAUUCAGAAGCUUCCACUCACAGGCGCUGGGAAGCCAGGCACAGCUCAGCUGACACAGCCAUUCAUCACAGCCACACGUGAGCCCAGCGUGGAGCUGCAGCCAUUCCUGACACUGUGGCUCCUUCUCAGUGCUGGCAUUGACUUCAGGAGCAGCUCAGCACCCCCUGGGUCCAUUCACAGCCCUUCAGCUUCUGGAUAUAAGAUACAGAGACUUUGUUCCCCUCUUCUAGUUUGUAGGGCUGACAUGGGGUACGUCAUGCUCUGCCACUCCUUCUGGCAUCUGUCCUUCAUAUGGCAGUCAUGAAAACCUGCCACAGCGCUUAUGCAACUUCCAUUAAUGCAAUUAAGCUAAAUACCGAAAGACUAGCAGCCAGACUCUGAGUCUGCAAAGAUCCUCCUGAGGCACAGAAGUAUCUCAGCUUUCUGAGCUGCUGCGUGUUGUCUCUCAGCAGCAAUCUGUGAGCAUUUAACUGGGGUGUGGGCACCACCAACCAGCUGGGCACAGGGAAGGACACUGGUCCUAUUUAACAGCAACAGGAUGGGAGGUGACGGCCUCAAGUUGUGCCAGGAGAGGUUCAGAUUGGACAUUAGGAAAUGUUUCUUCUUAGAAAGAGUGGUUGUAUGGGAAACUGGUAAUCACAGCCUGAACCUCUGAUUAAUCAGCUGAGGCAAGUGUAGGGUCAGCUGUGGGAGACUGCUGGGCUGCAAAAUGCCGUUACAAAUGGUGGUUGCAAUUGAAUGGAUGGAAGCAGAGUAAGGAAGACAGCUAAGUGCUGUGAACCAUGUCUUCCAUGGCUAACAUCUGCUUGAGAUCUGUUCAACCUCCUGGGAAAACCUUUGGUAGAGUUUCAGCAUCCUUCCUCUUUUAGAUGCACACUCACGGUUAACACCCUCAUUUACUCUAGAAGGAAAAGAGCUUAAGAUGACUUGAAAUCCAUGUGAAGAAAUUCAAGGACAGGCAGAACGCUGCAGGCUGUAGCAUCCAGAGAGCACAGCUGGAGGGAAGCUCCCUAUGCAGCACAGACCUGAGCUGGGAAAGGAGAUUAAUCACAACGACCCAAACAGAAGCGGAAACAAUGUGAUCAGCUCAGCACUUCUGAAAUCAUUUUGGUCUCCAUUAGGUCACCCCUUCUAAAUACCAAUUGUUUCUGUCUGGUUCUGUUGCCUAUCAGCCCUAUUAUUACAAGCUGCUAUUUGCCGUUUGCUCUUUCCUGUCUUCUCAGGAAUAGCUUCCUCCUGUUGCGUUGCUUUUACCUCAGAGCCGGACAUCUGUCUUCCUCCUCAUUACACAGCCGUGCUCAGAGCCCUUCUGCCCUGGUUCCGCCUCAGCUGCAGCCCUUGUCAGGCAGUGCAUAGAAGGACUGAGCAGGCACUCAUUGGAUUUGGGAUCAUAGAAUGGCCUGGGUUGCAAAGGACCAAAAUACUCAUCCAGUUCCAACCCCCUGCUGUGUGCAGGGUCACCAACCACCAAACCAGGCUGCCCAGAGCCACAUCCAGCCUACUUGUUGAACCCAACUUUGAGGCAUCCAGCUUUAAAUGACAAAUUCAGAUCCCCAUGAGCUGUCGUAGUUCCCAUCUGUCUGCUGUUGGAAGCAGAGGUGAAGCUUUGCAGCCCCUUCCCCUGCGCUCUGGCUGGGAUUUGAAGCUCACAGGAGCACAAGGCGGAACAUCUCCUGCUGCCCACAGUGGCUGGGUUACAUAAAGCCACUUGCAUAACCUCUGUGAGUGCAUUCGGGGGCUCUGUGCCAGAUGAGGGCUCUAUGGGGUUUGUGCCACGCUCACACUCUGUCUCAUGUUGCACUUCAGUUCCUUCCAUGUGCAGGCUCUGUGCUCAGUCCUGUGUUCCCAACAUCCUUCCCACUGUGUCACUGCACAACCAGCAUCCCAGGUCACUUAAUGUCAUCCCAUGGCCAGCACUGUGCUCUAUGUUCUGAUGGAGGCGUUUCUGUUUUUGCUGCUUAAAGCCCAGAGAGCUGCAAAGUGGGAACCUGGAGAGGUGAGAUCCACUUGGCAAUGGGGAGGGAAUGGCUGUUAGGCAUGAGGGAAGAAACUUUUCUCCCCAGAAUUCUCUCUCCAGGGUGCGUACUCUUAAUUACCGCAGAGUAAUUACAAGUGGAUGGGAUCCAAGGCCCUGCAAAACGAUCUCCAGUCGGUGACUUCACUUGGGCUGGGUCUCAUUCAAGGCUGAUUCUGCACUGCGAGCAGCAUUAGAUAGUGCAGGCUUCUGUAGGAUUGGGGUUUGUUGUCUUUCCAACUUCCACAACCUGAACCUUCAGCAGUGUUUGUGAGCAGAGUUAAAAGACUCGGGGCCUUUGAAACCCUUUUAGUGAAAGUGGGAUCAGCUCCUUUUCCCAGGGGGGACACUGCAGCCAUCCCCAAAAUCAGCAUCCAAACCUCAGUCUCCUUCAUGGGAGAGCAUCAAUGCAAAGGAAAAGGGCAGCUCUGCUUCUCCAGGGGCUCACACUCCCUAGGCUGGCAUUGGAUCCUUUGCUUGGAUGAGGGGAGUGCUGGAACGGGGCUCUGGGACUCAGAUCCUGAGUCCAUCUGCAAGAAACGAUCACACGGAUGACAAAUGCUGCCCUAUGAAAUAUUAAUACUUAAUAAAGCCUCUCCGGAUGAGGCAUGCAUUGUAAUGAUACCACCCAUCAUGGGGGAGUUAAUUGAAUCAAUGAGGUGAGCAGUAGAGCCGGCCAGCAUAUGCUGGGGUUUGCUCAGCCCAGUCAUUACCAAGGACCCUUGUCACUCAGCGCCGUGGUGCCUGCAGGGGAUUUGAUGAGAGGCAGCCAAUGGGGGGCCAGGCCAGCUCCAAAUCCAGCUUUUUGCAAAGCCCCAGAUAAAACAGACUUCCAUUAAUAAGGCGAGAAAGGUUAGGACGAGAAGCAUUACAGCAAAUCUGGAGAGUUGUCCAUGAAGGAGGUGGGUGACGGGCUGCACCAGCAGAUGAACUGCAUGAUGGGCGCACUGCAGGAGCUGAAGCUGCUCCAGGUCCAGGCAGCUCUGGAGCAGCUGGAGAUCUCAGGGGGCCGAGGAUCCAUCCCUGAGCAGCACCUGCACUGUCAGGGAGGAACAGUGGGGCUGGAGGAGCGGCCGCAGAGCGGGGCAGGGGCUGGGGGCUGCAGCCCUUCAUCCUUCACCUGCUCCAUGCCAGCAUUGCCCCGUCCCACCUCGCUCCCAGAGAGCAGCCACCAUGGAGACAUCCCCUCUUCCUCCUCCUCUUCCUCCUCCCGCAUCCAGGAGAGCUUCUGCUCCAAGGGACCUUCCCCAGCUCCAUCCAGAACAGAGCAUGCACAUCGCAGGACAUCUGAGUGCAGCAGCCAGGGCACGGCUGGGGGAUGGCCAGUGUGUGAUGACAGCAGUGACUGGACGUCCUCCCUCAUGUCCCAGAGCAGAAACAGGCAGCCCCUGGUCCUGGGGGAUAACAUCUUCGCAGACCUGGUUGGGAACUGGUUGGACCUGCCUGAGUUGGAUAAGAAAGGGGAGAAAAGCGAAGCAUCGCUGUCUGCUGGCAGGUCCCAGGAGCUGUGCAGGAAGUUCUCUCUCACAGCCAACAUCUUUAAGAAGUUCCUGAGGAGUGUUCGACCAGACCGGGAUCGGCUUCUCAAGGAGAAACCUUGCUGGCUGCCACCUGAAGACAAGCAGCCCGAGAUUUCCAAGAGACCUAAAAAGACAAACAAACUCAAGGGGACAUUUUACUUCCCUCUUCAUGGGAACAUCCAGAACCAUCACAGCAAAGCGGAGAGGUGCCCAAAAGUGGAAAGCCAUAUCGAGAAAGCCAAAAUGGGCACCAAGAAAGUCCAUGACACCAUAGACUACACCCAGUCCGGGUUUGAUAUCAAUACAGCUGUUUGGGUCUGAGUUGGUUGGUGGUUCCCCCAAGCAUCUUCCAAACCAGGGACCAUACGUUGUGCUCUGCCAAGACCAAGCAGGUAGAGCUCCCUGUGGAGUGAGCUGUAGCUUCAGCCAUCAUCAACAUGUGGAAUCUCUGCUGGCUCAGCCCCAUGGGAGCCCUCAGGGGCUGUUUGUGGAAACCAUUGGCUUCUUUGGCAGCUUUUGGGGUGAACCAGCUCCCAGAGCCUGCAGAUGUGGGUCACCUCUGGAUGAAGCAGCUGCAGCACAAAGUUCACUGUGUGUGUGUGUGUAUGAGUGUGCAAAUAUACAUAUAGUUUUAUAAGGAAAACCUUCUCCUGCUUGCGUGCACUUCAAACUGGGUUACGAGCCUGGCAAUUUCAACAGUGACCCCAAAAGACUUCUUUGAAAGGAAGGCAAAUCCUGAAUUCAGAAGGCAGCUUUACUCGGACAGUCGCCCACUGCAGGUGUUGGAUCCCAACAUUGCUGCAUUUCAGCUGUUUCUCCCACUCUCCUUUCCCUGCAGACAGAGCAGCAGGAUGAGGUUCAUGCUCAGAGCACUGUGACAUCAGCCUGUUUCAGCAGCUUUGCCUCUUUCCCCACACUUUUCUCCCAGGGGAGUCACAAUGAGACUCAACACAACGUUGCCACGGAUGUUUCUUGUUGCACUGUGACACAAUUUUGCAAGAGACCUUUGUGAUGGUUUUGUUUCUUAUGCUGUGGUGUACAAACCCCGUCCUGAAAGAACCAAGUUCUUCAGCAUCCCGCUCUCCAAGAGCAACCAAUAAAACAGCAUCAGCCCUACACAGAG